UCUUUACAUAAAUAUUAGUCACUACUCAUAUUAAAAAAAGGACAAGCGUGAUAUCCACUCUGAUAAAAUCUCUUUCUUUUUCUUCCUUCUCUUCUCCCUUUAUCUUUCUGUUUUUGAGAAACGAGUCCGCUCUGUGUACUACUAGACCUUUUUUCACAAUCAGACAAAAAAAAAAGAGAGAUAAGAAGAAGAAGAAGAAAAAUGAAAAUGGUGAAAAUGCUCUGUUUUUUUCUUCUCUAUGUUGUAUAAUGAGUAAAAAACAGAGAUAUUAGAAGGGAAAAAAAAAUGGCAAUAGAGAAUAAUGAUCAAUCUUUUUUUUUAGAUGUGCUUUACUGUGAAGAAGAAGAAGAAAAAUGGGGUGAUUUGUUAGAGGAUGAAGAAGGGGUUAUUAUUAACCCAUUGUUGUUAUCUUCCGAAGGAACAACAAAGACUAAUUCUUUAUUAUUAUUACCUCUGCUUCUGUUGGAACAAGAUUUGUUUUGGGAAGAUGAAGAGCUUCUUUCACUUUUCGUUAAAGAAAAAGAAACUCGUUGUUGUUUUGAAAGUUUUGGGAGUGACCCUUUUCUCUGUUCAGCUCGUGUUGAUGUUGUUGAAUGGAUUCUUAAAGUGAAUGCUCAUUAUGAUUUCUCAGCAUUGACUGCCAUUUUAGCCAUAAAUUACCUUGACAGGUUUCUUUCUAGCCUUCAAUUUCAGAAAGAUAAGCCAUGGAUGAUUCAACUUGCUGCUGUCACUUGUCUUUCUUUAGCGGCUAAAGUUGAAGAAACUCAAGUUCCCCUUCUUCUUGACUUCCAAGUGGAGGAUGCAAAAUAUGUGUUUGAGGCAAAGACUAUACAAAGAAUGGAGCUUCUGGUACUGUCAUCACUGAAAUGGAGGAUGAAUCCAGUGACCCCACUUUCAUUUCUUGAUCAUAUUAUAAGGAGGCUUGGGCUAAAGAACAAUGUUCAUUGGGAAUUUCUCAGAAGAUGUGAAAGUCUUCUUCUAUUUGUCAUGAUUGAUUGUAGAUUUGUAUGUUAUAUGCCUUCUGUAUUGGCUACUGCAAUUAUGCUUCAUGUUAUUCAUCAAAUUGAGCCUUGUAAUGCUAUUGACUACCAAAAUCAACUUCUUGGUGUUCUCAAAAUUAGCAAGGAGACUGUGAAUAAUUGCUAUGAACUCAUAUCUGAAGUAUCAUCAAAGCCUAUUACAUCACACAAACGCAAAUAUGAUGAAAAUCCCAGUAGUCCAAGUGGUGUAAUAGAUCCAAUUUACACUUCAGAAAGUUCAAAUGAUUCAUGGGAUUUAGAUUUGCCUUUGUUCAAGAAAAGCAAAGUUCAAGAACAGCAAAUGAAAAUGUCAUCAUCAUUAAGCAGAGUUUUUGUGGAAGCUGUUGGUAGUCCUCAUUAACAUGUCUCUUCUAAACAUUUUAUUACAUAUUCAAGAUGUAUUUUCCUGUUAUGUCAUUUUUUUUUCUUCAAAAUUUACAUGAAAAAAAAAAAAAAAAAAAGUGAAGGAAGUGUGUUAGCUGUGGUUGUUGGCAGAGAAGAGAAGAGGAGUGGCUUUAUAUUUUGCAGGAGUGUAGUCUACUACUACUGGAAAGCCAGAGAGAAAGAGAAAAGACAGAAUAUGUGUAAUCUUUGUUUUUCUCUCUAUUUAUUUCAAUUUCUCUCUCAAGUCACUUUCAUGCAUGCAUACUUUUGA